UUUUGUUACCGCCGGCACAGUGUGACGUCAUCGCCCAGCUCGGGGGAGGUCUGAGCGGCUUCUCGGUGCGGCCGCUGCUUCCAGACCAGUUAACCUCCGACCGGGCGCGGUAGCAUCGCGAGCAUCUCUCCGAAGAACUCCACACCCCCCCCACCCCCCCCAAAAAAAACAAAAACAAACGGGGAGUGGGCCGCUCGGGUCAGGUGGACUACCGCGCGUCUGAAUGAGUGCAGAUACGGUGGUUCCGCACUGACUCGAGCCGUGUUUCAUGCGACCCGCCCUGCUCACGAGCCGCUGCCAUGUCCGCCGCUGCUGACGCGGCUAACGUUUCUCCUGCGGACCGCGCCGGAGACUCCGGGCUUAACGGGUCCUGGGUGGAGUUGGAGAUGAACAGAGGCACAGCCGGAUCGGCCCAGUCGCCCUCCGCGGCCCCGGGCCUGCUGCCCCUCCCUCAGGUGGAGGAAGAGGAGGCCAUGGUGGGGGGGCUGGAGCACGUCCCGUCCUCGUCCUCGAUACACAAUGGGGACAUGGAGAAGAUUUUGCUGGACGCGCAGCACGAGUCCAGCCGCAGCAACUCCUCCUGCGACAGCCCCCCUCGGCCACACAGCCCCCAGGAUGACGGACAGAUCAUCUUCGACGUGGACCUGAGCGGCCGAAGAGACAGCCUAUCAGAAGAGGACGGCUUGGACAAGGAGAGGGACAUGGACAUCCUGAUGAAGGACGCAGACUGGGUGGCUGACUGGUCCAGUCGACCGGAAAACAUUCCCCCCAAGGAGUUUCAUUUCCGUCACCCUCGCCGCUCCGUAACACUCAGCAUGAGGAAGACCGGCGCCAUGAAGAAAGGAGGAAUCUUCUCUGCCGACUUCCUCAAAGUCUUCAUCCCCUCGUUGCUGCUGUCGCACAUCCUCGCUGUGGGGCUGGGGGUGUACAUCGGCAAGAGGCUGAGCGCCCCCGCCGCCAGCUCCUUCUGAGCCGCCGGCCGGAGCAAAGUGCCUGAGGAGGCACCGCGAGUCAGUCGCCAUCGGAGGAGGAAGUUCUGCUGUGUGCGAGAAGAGCGGCCGUCUCUUCUCCCUCUGUCCCGCCUGCCCCCCCCGGCUGUCCCCCUCCUUCGCCCCUGAGAUAUGCAUCUGCCUUUCCCCCUCUCUCUCCUACACCCCCGCCCCCCCUAACUGUCUGUAGAUAAUCCGCCUUACACCCUUCACUCAUUUGUGUGUGCUUUUUAAAGAAGAACGAAAAAGGUCACGUUUCCCUUUCCCCAGUGGGGGGAGGGUCCAUGUUUAUGACGGGUGGGUCGCAGUGUCAAAUCUAACUCCUCUACUACUCAGCUAAUUGAUCAUGUGACUACAGGGGUGGAUGUGUAGACGGUUCUGCCACCUGCGCCAGUCGCCCAGCACUCGAUCUCCAAAAGGGAUCCACCAAAUUCCAGUUUGGAAAGAAGCCGAUCUUCUUUUAGGUUUUUAAUUCAUUUUACAGAAGUGGUGGUUUAUUGAGCAGGUGUAAUGAAGUUAAGAUAGUGGCCAUGCUGAAGGUCGGGCUCUGGGGACAUGUCUGACUGUCACGCCAGGCGGGACGGAUUCCUUUCACUCUUUCGGAAUUAGAACAGACUCUAAUCUGCAUCUGAAUGAAUAUUUUGCCAAGCAAUAAUACCUGCAAAUAAGGCACCAGAUGUGUGUCGCGCAGGCGGGCGGACAGUAUUUCACGGUUGGCUGCUAUGACGUGAUGCCGUGGUCGUUGCGUCAUAUCCAAAGACAUCAAGAAGCAUUUAGUUAACUAGAAGUUGUAAAAUAUAAUAUCUGAACUUUCGUCCUUUUAAUCUGAGGAUUGAGUCGUAUUAUUUUAAAAGUAUUUCCUGUAAAAUGAGUGAAAUAUUAAACUGGAAUCAGUUGCCUUUUGCUUUCCAAAUGGUUCGGUCAGGAGAACACAUUUAUAACAGCUUUAUCUUCGGCCCUGCUUUCUCACAACAUGUCUGCAGAACUGACGGAGACUGACUGCAGGUCUUUGACAGGCGAAAAGCGGCCCUCACUUUGAAAUUUGUCGUGGUGACACACUACAGAUGUUUAGCAGCUUCCAAUCCACCGAGGGGGGGUUUGUUUGGACCCGAGCGAGCGCCACGCACACUCGUGUGAGGUUUUCUGCUUCACUGCAGGACUGUGGCCAGUUCGGCUCCAAGUGGACCUUCCACAGUCCAGAUCUCCUUAAACAAACCCCACAAUAUAAAAACUUAUGUUUUAGUUACUUGUAAGUAAAUUAACUCUCUUUCUUCCACUACAUAACAGAUGCACAAGUCUUGAUUGAUGCGCUAAAUGAUUUUCAGUUUUAAAGGUGGACCUUUUCAAAAGAUUGCGGAGUGAUUACUACAAUUCAGUUUUACAUUUCACGGGGCAAGAAAAGAGUUGACAAAAAGGAAUAGCUUGCAUGAGCUCUGACCGAACGGUGGAGUGUCAUCUUUGGGUGAAGUAUCUGAAAAACAAUCACAAAACUCACCAGAACAUUUAGUUGAUGACCAAAGGUGAUGUUUGAAACUUCACUGCUGGUAAUCGAGUACAUGUUCAGGGAGGCCUUCAUCUGGUGCGCAGACUCCAUUUCCUUCUUAUAGCUCAUUUACUAGCAUAUGAUGAUCUCCAUUUCAACCACAGCUCUGCAGCACACACACAGUCCCGUUUGACGGUAGUGUUGUGGAUCCUUCUUUCCGGAUUGAAGUGUCUUUUUUUUCCCUCCCUGAUUGUGUACUCGCAGAGAAGGAGUCGAGUUUGAAAGUGUGGAAACAGAAAUCUCACUGUUGAUGGCAGAGCCUACUGUGAAUAGGAGAAGGAAGAUGUGAAAGGAGACUUUCCUCAGAUUGUGAUGGUGAACAUUCGUUAUUGUAAUUAUGCGUUUGCUGUGAUUUUCUUUUUUCCCCCCACAUUGAAAAAUGUAAUCAAUAUUUUGCCAUUAAAUAUGACCUGAAGGAAGCUUU